CUUCGAUUUGUCACACAUCCUGGAAUGCCACUUUCGGCAAGCUUCCCGAAAGACACAGUCAGAUUACAAUUCGUCUUCGAACCUCAACACAUUCACACGCGCACAUCAUGGCAGAGUGUCUUGAGUUCGUCUAUCUGGACGUUUUCACUGAGACACCAUUCAAGGGCAAUCCGCUUGCCAUUGUGCAUCUGCCGCCGCCCUCGACCACCCACGCUGCUCUGACGCAAGCGCAAAAGCAAACAAUUGCGCGGGAACUCAACUUGUCAGAAACCGUCUUUGUUCAAGAUCUGGACAAAAAUCUGUAUGGUGACCAGAAUCUGUCGGUACCGCCGUCUAUUUACAAGCUCUUGGUGUGGAUACCCUCAUAACAAAAGCUGGACCCAUCGCCAUUCACACUGAUGGUCCCGGCCGAGUCGGCGUAAGCAUACCACACAAUACCCAUCUACAUCACAAAACUACGGCCC